AUGGAUCUGGAAACGCUGGCAUUGAGAAAGUUCCAGACUGGUGGAUCCAGAUUCCAAGGAACCAUGUCCCAAACCAUGUGUUCGCCACCAUUCGAUCGUCUCCACCCAGCUGUCGUAGCCAGGAAAUUGUACACGAGGUCGGGUCCCGUUGGCAUUUCUCCAACCGCCAUGAGCCAUGCUACGACGCCGGCUACGAGUGGAGCAGCUGGUCUCGAUUCUGUGCAUGUAUCUGCGGAUAUUCCCGCCUUCUUUGCUUCUGACAAGUCCAAUGAGCCGUAUCCACCAUCCUACGACGUUUACUUGUAG